GGUACGGUCUCCGAUACGGUUUCGUGGACCAUGGUUAGAAGAACUCAACUCUAGUAAGAUCGGCCCAAAUAAUUGGCAGCUCUCGGCCUAUAAAGAAUGGGCCUCGCAAAAGUUGUUUCAUUGAUUCAACGGAAAAACUAUGCAGAUAUCCAUGGAAGGAAAGUUGCAUAAGCGAAGGGCCCAGAAAGCUCAAGUCAGAAACAAGCCCAAAACAAAUAAAAGCCCACCAGAAAGCUCACAGAACCAUCAGCUGGGGGCCGCCCGCCGCCUUCGUUCCCGCCAAAAACUCCAUCGGCGGUCGGCCACAGAAAGCACUCGUCCAACUCCGGUGACUGCAAGAAGGCGCCGGUGACCGGGAAGCAUCAUUUCUAUUAAAUUUAUCUGCCCACAAAACACGAAAGGCAAAGGAAAGCGAUCAAGGGAGCAAAACUUAACCACCUGGUCGUUUACCGGAACCACCGUGCCGGAUGGCGGGUUUACGAUGUAUAUGACUAUGAAAAAAAUUUGUAGGCUAUCAACAAUUUUAUAAAUGAUUAACCAACAAUUCCAUGACAAUUAAUCAUAAAUCAUGAACCUUUUUCGGUUUUCCAUAUCUCAUCUAAUUCCGAAAACUAGAAGUUUAUGGUAUUAUAUUAACCGAUGUCGUGGGCGUGUGAACGGUGGAUCAAUAAUGCAGUGACAACGUUAGGUCAUUUUCGUGGGUUUCUAAGUCGUUAAUAAUUGUUUUUAGCGACGACUAAAUCAGUUUGUCGUUAUUAUAGAGGUCGUCUCCGCAGCUUCCGCGGAAUUGUAUUGCUAGACUCGAGAGUAUAAUAUUCGGAUGGUAGUGUGGAUUUGUCAUGUCGUUCUAAGUCGUCGCUAAAAGAUGAAGAAUAACAAAUUUCCUAUGAAUAAAUACUAUUAAACGUUGAUCAAGUUGAGAUAUGAGACAUUCUAUAAAUACCACACACAAACUCAAGUACCACCCUCUCGUCUCUAUCCUAUAGCUAGCUAACAAUCUUCAAUCCUAAUCUCUCUGAACAUGGUUCUAUGUGAUUUCAAGUCAGACAAGCACUUUGUUGCUUCCUCCGACAAAACAACCCUACAAAUAUACGAGUUAACCAACCCUACCAUUCACCCUUCUUCGAUUCGAAAGGUCCACUGGAGGCAAAUCGCCAGCAUCACUGAGCGCAACGACGAUGAUGCUGGUGACGACGAUGGUGAUGAUGAUGAUGAUGAGGUGGGAGAGGAGUCUUACGAUGGUCUGUUGUUCUUCGAUGGUCAUGGGAAGAUCGAGGGGCGGGAGGCGUUAACCAAGCUAGCUCAAUACCUCACCCGGCUACGGUUGAUGGUGAGCCCGGAAGGGUAUUGUUUUCAAGAUGUGACGGGAUUGGGCGAGCAUAACGAUUUCGGGAUCCAGUACCUUCGGCUUAAUGAUCUGUUCAACUGGCCUCGUCAUGGCGUUGACGCUGCAAGGAGCAGCGUGUGGCAUCGUUCGGAGUUGAGGUAUAUCAUGCCGAAACACGAGAAAUCACCAAAACAAACGACGGGAGUAGGAGUGAGCAAGGAGAAGUACGAGGAGUUGAAAACAAUGUUGAGAGUAAAACAUGAGGAAUUGGCAAAGGUGAGGGAGGAGAUGGACGAAGAGCUACAGAAAUUGAGGGACGAGCAAGCGGAGGAGCUACAAAAGUUAAAAGAGGAGAUUGAGGAAGCAAGCGAGAUGAAAUAUGAGGGGAUCAAGAAGGCGAUGAAGGACAAGGAUGAGGAGUUUCGAAAACUACUAAAGAAAAAAGAUGGCGAAUUGCAAAUGCUUAAAAAGGGGAAGAACGAGGGAGCGAUGCUGCAAAAGCUAAGAAAAGAGAAGGACGAGGAGUUUCGAAAGUUUAAAGAGGAGAUGGACGAGGAGAUCGAAAAGCUAAAAAGGGAAAAGGACGAAGAAAUGGAAGAUCUUCAAAAGAAGGAGCAGGAAGCCUUGCAAAAAUUGAACGAGAAAGAUGAGGAAUUGCGAAAACUAACAAGGGCAAAGGACGAGGAGUUACGAAAGCUACUGAAGAAGAAAGACGGUGAAAUACAAAUGCUCAGGAAGGGAAAGAACGAUGGUGCUCUUCUUCAGGCAUUAAGGAAGGAAAAAGACGAAGAACUGCACAAGUUGAAACAGAAAAUGGAGGAUGAAAUCGAAAAGCUGAGAAACGAGAAGGAAGAAGAAGCAGAAAGGAUCAUUCUCGAAAAAGAGGAAGAAACAUCGGAAAAGCUAAAAGAGAAGGACGAGCAACUACAAGAACAAAAAAAGGAGAACGGCGAACUGCAGAAACUACUACAGAAAAAAGACGGCGGACUGAAGGACGAAAGAGUAAUCUUACAGAAGCUGAGGAAGGAAAAGGACGAGCAACUACGUAAGUUCAACGAAGAGAUGAAAAAACUGAGGCAUGAGAAGGACGAAGAGGUAGAAAGGCUGGAAAGAGAGAAAGAAGAAAAAGAGUACGAACUCGUAGUACUGAGGCAGCAGGGAAGAAGCGAUCAAGAUGGCGGCGAAUCGACGACGACGGAGAGUCUGAAGAAAGAGCUCGAGAAGUGUCGGAAGAACUCUUGGGGCAGCCCGCCGAUCGCGAAGAUCCUGCUCCACCUCCCGAAGGAGAAGCUCCUUGAGAUCCACCUCAGCAGGAGGCGGCCGGUGCCGCCGCAUAGAUUCCGUCGGAAGACCAAUUCCUCCGCCGCCGCCGCUCAGCACUACACGCCGGACAUUGCGGAGGGGAGCCACCACGUUCUGUUCGACUCGCUGCUGCUGAUCGACGAGGAUGUCACGGCGGGUCCGACGCCGUCUCCGGUGACGGUGGCCACGCGAGACGGGCAGUUCGACGUGAAUAAUUGGUGGUUUGCGAAGACCACGGCGCCGGAAGGCGGGACGACGAUGGUGGCUUAUUACGACGGCGACUUCAACCGUGUUAGUGUUUCUAGGAUGGUGGCUAAAGAUCCCAUUCCGUUGCCGUAUUCCAAAGAUGCCAAUUUCUGUCCCAAUAGGAGUUUCACGGUUGUUAGUUUGGUGGUGGGGCUGAGGCUUGGUUUCUUUUACCGGAGUUAGGUGUUAAGUACUCUUGCCGGCGGUCUUGGUGUUGGUCUGGCCGGCGAUGCUACUGUGUUAAAUGUCUGUGUUGUGUUAUGUUGUCUACGUUGACGUAAUGUAUCUGUGUUGUUAAAUGCCUGAAUGUUUUCCAUAAGUUCAAGUCAUUCUUAAUAAUUCUUGUGAGCUAUUUUUUUUUAUCGCGUACAAGUCGAUUUUUGAUUGUUUGUACUUUGUAUUGAUAAGAGUGUUCAAGUUAUGGUAACGUUAGUCAAGGAUGAGAUUAAGGAUGACAAAAAAAAAAAAAAAAGGGACAAAUAUUUGGGUAUUGUCUUAAACUCUAUUUAUUAUGUGUCAAAUCAGAUUUGAGAAAAGUAAUUUACUUUUGGGUAGACCUAUGUCUAAUUUUUUUAGUUUGGGUAUAAACUGGACUCAUAGUAUCGGUUAUAAAAAAAAGUUAUCUGUAACUAAUACAAUUUUUGUCGUAUUUUUUAUUAUGAAACAAACAAAAAGGUGGAAAUAUCAAUAGUAAAUGUGUAAUUAGAUUGAAAGUAGUUAAUGAGAUAGUUAAUAUUUUUUUUCUGUGUACACUCAUCUGAACCUAAAUAGACACAUUUGAGUGAUGACCAUUUAUCAUUCUUAGAAGAGAUUGAAAGCCUAGAGCGUAGCUAACAACAAACAAAACACCCCCUAUAUAUGCGGAGCACUUCUACUCUACUUUAAAUCAUUGGUGCUUUAAUGUACAAGUUAAAGUAGUAACAUAACGUUAAAUGUAUAAGUUCAGGUUGUACCAUAAGAGAAUUUGUACUUUUAUGUUAAGGCACAACUUCAGGUUAUACCACAACAUAAAAGUACAAAUUCAGAUUGUACCAUUCAUGUUGUACAAAAGAGUAUAGGUACAACCUGAAUUUGUAUCAUCAUGUUAAUGGUACAAAUUCAAGUUGUACGUUGGUGGUACGUGGAAAUGAUGGUAAUGGGACGAGCGGGGUACCUCAAUACUUAUAUCCGUCGUGUCGUAUGAGUAUUUACCGACCUAACCAAUUAUUAGGUCGAUCUAUUCUUGUAUGUUAUUUAAAAGAAGUAUGUCGAUAUUCGAUUUUUUUACAUGAAGACAUAAAGCAAAUACUUAAUAAAUGAAUGAGAAAUAUUGUAGAAAGAAUAUUUAUACAUAACCUACGCCUGCCACCAUAUAUUACCAUAAGAAAAAAGUCGUCGCCCCAAUUUGGCAAUGGUGCAAGACAACUAAUACAUACAUACCCUAAUUAAUUAUGGAAAUAUUGAACAAAUAAUAAUUAGUAGCUCUAUUGUUUACUUCUAAUUGAGUCUUUGUUUAAUUUUUGUACAGGACUACGUACCCACCCGGUUGUUUACUUCUAAUUGAGUCUUUGUUUAAUUUUUGUAAGGAAGGUGCUUAUCAAUGGUCUGGAAAUUAGUUAGCACCUUCCACAUUAAGCUAAUUAAUGCUAGCUAGCUCCACGUUUAGACAUCCCCACUAAACCUGUCAGAAUAGAAGCGUGGCAAACGACCAUCCAAACCAACACGAACGAACACAAAUUUAACGUGGUUCGCUAACACAAUGUGUACUAGCUAAUCCACGGGCAGGGGAGAACAAAUUUCACUGAUUUUG